AUGACAGGAUUGUCCACUAGAGCAAUUCAUGGAGGCGAUGAUACCUCCAGAGUUCCUGAUGUAAUUCCCCCAAUCAACAUAGCAACAACCUACAAGUACGAAUCGGACCCAGAGAACUUAAUCAAGUAUGCGGAUAUUGAACAAAACGGAGAAGUCAAUGGGGGUGGCUUCUAUUAUUCACGCUUCUCUCAUCCUAAUUCUGAGCUGGUUGAGCACAGUGUUAAGGCAAUCACCAAUGCGCAUGUAGUUGCAUAUUCUUCCGGAUUAAGUGCAUUUCAUGCUGCACUCACUCAUUACAACCCUAAGGUGUUGGCGUUUGGCGAUGUAUACCACGGUAAUAUUGGAGUGGCCAACAUUUUUACCAGAAAUCAAGGACUCAAACAGGUAGGCGUGGACAAUUUUGAUCAAUUGGGUAAGGGUGAUUUAGUUCUACUUGAAACUCCUGUGAACCCAGACGGUACUGUGAAAGAUAUUAGCUAUUAUGCUGAAAACGCCCACAAAAGAGGAGCCUACUUGAUAGUUGACUCGACAUUUGCUCCUCCUCCUCUUCAGGACCCUUUCGAAUUUGGUGCGGAUAUGGUCUUACACUCUGCAACAAAGUUUUUUGGAGGACACAGUGACUUAUUGGCUGGAUUUUUACUCACUAAGUCUGAAGAAGUAAGAAAACAAUUAUUUGAAGAUCGUAAAAUGUUGGGUACUAUCAUCCCUAACCUCGAGUCUUCGAUGCUUUUGCGUAGUUUGAAAACGUUGGAGCUCAGAGUCCUCAAGCAGUCUCAAAAUGCUACACAGAUUGUGAGAUACUUUUCCGAGAAUAAAGAUAAAUUUCCUGCUUUGGCAAAAAUCGAUCACGGAUCAUUGCAAAGUGAAUCAUUUGUCAAGCAACAGAUGCCCAAUGGAGAUUCGCCAGUGUUCACAAUCAGUUUGGUGGAUGAGAAAACGGCUAAAUACUUUCCUUCAAAGCUCAAAUAUUUCCACCACGCUACUUCUUUGGGGGGUGUAGAAAGUCUCAUCGAAUGGAGAGCAUUGAGUGAUCCAAGAGUUAGUCCUACCUUGUUGAGAGUAAGUAUUGGUAUCGAAAAUGUGGAAGACCUAAUUGAAGACUUAAGCCAAGCAUUGAGAGCUUCCUAA